UGUAAACACUGGCACUAUUACUGACGCCUGCCAGUGGGAGCUGUAAACACUGGCACUAUUACUGACGCCUGCCAGUGGGAGUUGUAAACACUGGCACUAUUACUGACGCCUGCCAGUGGGAGUUGUAAACACUGGCACUAUUACUGACGCCUACUAGUGGGAGUUUGUAAACACUGGUACCAUUACUGAUGCCUGCCAGUGGGAGUGUGUUAAACACUGGCCAUGACUUAUGGAUGAGACUACUGAACUGAGUUUUAUUCUGCAUGAAUGGUUUGUCAUGAAUGCUUUGCAAUUGAACUGAAUUUGAUUUUGUCAUUGAGCGUUUUGGUUAUAUUAAACUGUUUAUCUGGCAUGCUUAAAAGUUUUUACCCAAGGGCUAUCCAUAUUUACUUACCGAGUUAUCUCAUAGUUUUCCUUGUCCACCAUUUCAGGAAUCGAAACCGAGGACGGGGAAACCGAGGGGAGUGACGAAUUAGAAGGCUAGCCAUUCAAUCGGGGUAUAAGUUUUAGAUUUUAUCAUCCUUUUGUAAGGUUGAUUUUAUUCAUGAGAUUUUGUGAUUUGGAUAAGUUCCGAGCCUUGUGCAUUUGUGGGACCCACUCACGAGUGCACGGCGUCUGUCGCGCCUCGGAUUUGGGUUCUGGGGCGUGACAGAUAAUGCCCAAAAAAUUGUUGUUUUGCCCAUAAAUUGCUACUGUUUUUACCCAAAAAAUUAUGCUAUUUUGCUGUUGUUUUACUACUAUUUUGCCCAGAACUGCUGCUGUUUUGCCUAGAAAUAAUUGUUGUUGUGUGUGACUUUUGGUGAUGUUUUUAACAUACUUUAGGUAUGGUUAAAUAUAUUAAUAUGUUAAUAAAAGUUCAAUGGGUAGAAAUAGUAAGGAUGUAUAGGAAGAAAUUGUUUCUUUGGAUAGAAACUUGAUAUUGGUAUUAGAAGCCAAUUUAGCUAAAUGGGGUAUUUUGUAAUCUUGUUUAUUCUUUGAUGUGGCAUAGGUUCUAAGUCACCUUCAUCUCCUUGAAACCUUGAAAUUCUUGCUUGUUGUAUAGCUACAAGACGAGGUAGUGAAACCCAAGAUGGAGGAAACCAAGGGGAGUGACGAGCUAGAAAGCUAGCCUCUUGUCUUUUGGAGUUAGGCUGUUAAACAAAAAAAAAAAAAAUUUGACAUAGCCUUUAGACCAUAAAGCAUUAUUUUGUAG